AUGGCCGGUGGCUCCGUCUUCCGAGUGGGCGAAGACGUCGAGCUGUUCCGCGUGUUGGUGCUCUUGAGCGCCCUGGCGACCUGCUUACUGGUGUUCGAGGCCGCGUUGCACCACUUGGAGCACCACCUCGCGCGCCACGACAAGUACCAGCACAUGCUCAAGAAAGUCUACCGCGAGCUCAUGAUCCUCGGGCUGCUGAGCUUCAUCAUCAAGAUGCUGACGGAGGUGGGCGGCAUCGACGGCUACAGCGGCACCAUGCUGGCCUUCCAGGUGGCCGACCUCAUCAUCUUCAUCCUGGCCAUCGCGCUCGUGCUCCAGGCCAUUUGGGUCCUGGUCCUGCUGCGAGGCCACAACAAAAGAAUCGACCGGGCGGAGCUCAUCACGACGCAAGACCUGGUCGACGUGCUCAAUUUCUCGCAGAAUGGGAUCUCUUCUCGCUGCUGUUGGGGAGGUAAGGCACCGAAUGAGGACCUUUUCAAGGACGAAAUCGUGCGCCAUCGUCUGCUACGGCACUUGUUCCCCCGCCGCUUCGGUCUCCCUCAGCUGUUUCCCUUCUCCAAGUACUUGAGGCGAGCUCAGGCCAACAGCAUCGUGCACAUGAUCGAAGUGGAGCCGUCCAUGUGGCUGCUGCUGCUCGGGAUGGCCUGGGCCUUCUCCGCUGUCGUCCAGAUCCUCGAUGACUUUGAGGUGGAGGUGCGGUACGAGCUCAUUGAGACGUUGAUGGCGUUUGCGUGGGUCUUGGUGCUGCUCCACGUGCUGGUUCUGCUCUACUUCCGGUGGUGUGUGCGUCGCCUGUUGGCCAUCGCCGGAUACAGCAAGGAGAAGGCCGUUCUGGCGGAAAACCUCAACGCAGUCGCAGAGCAAGAGGCGAGUGCCUGGCAGAGUGAAGCGGCCGACAGUGCGCUGGAUAACAUGAACCGAAUCCACGCAGAACAUGAAGAGCUGGAGCACGAACACAAGGCGGAGCACCGUGGAAUACUCAGGAGUGACGCAGGACUUCAACUGGUUGCGAGCUGCCUGCGCAACGUCCCGCGUAUAUUGUGCAAGAAGCGCUCAGUGUCAGGGCCAGGCGGUGUGCAGCCUGGCUCGCCCGAUGUCUCGCUUCAGGGCUUUUCUCGGAAGAUCUGGCACGUUGUGGUCAUGUUCAUGACGAUCCUCAACGGAUUCUUCGUCGCGCUGAUGGUCCAGGGCGCGGUGUACAGCUUUGACGAGAUCAACGACAAGGUGGGGAUAAUUCCCGUGAUCCUGAUCCCGCUGCCGCUGCUGAUCAACGGACUGCUCCUCCAGAAGAGCAUUUUCCGUGCCUUUGUGCUGAUCUGUAGCGUCAUCCGCAUCGAUGCCGGGACGCUGGGGGAGGUGGUGCACCACUUCAGUGAGAUCGUGGAGCUGCGAGCCGAGUUUGCCACCUCGGUGACGCGUUGCUUGAAAGAAGGAGGGGCCACCAUCGCGGACUUGAAGAAGGCCCUGCAGUCGUAUGACUUGGACAGGACUGGCGUCGUUGAUAUCGACAGACUUCGCACCGUCUUGGCCUCGUUCGGCUUCCACUUGACUCGAUUCCGCUUCAGCAGCGUGGUCAAGCUGCUGUUCGAGCUACAGGGGACGAGGGUGGAGUAUGCUCAACUGAUACAGUUGGUGACUUUGAUCCAGCAGGAGCAGUGUCUUGAGGAUGGCCACGCCGGCCAGCACUACUAG